AUGUUCAAGGAGAUCUUUAAUUAAAGAAAUAGCUAAAAAAGAUAAUUAUCCUAUUUCAUAAAAACUAAUGUAGUGGUUCCUUUUGUAUGUGAAGAUAUCAAGAAUUUUAAGCCUACUUCUCUCAAACUUGAUAUCAGAUCUUUAAAUAAAAAUUGGCAAAGCUUUGUAAAGUUGAUGGAGACUCUUUAAAAUACCUCUCAAUCAAUCCAUAAAUUAGAUAUAAAUCUACAAGAAUUUAUUGGACCUCAGGAUGUAAAUGAUAUCGAAAAAAUAUUUACAAAAGCAUUAAAAAAUGUACCCUAACUGUAAACUAUCAAUAUAAGAUUACAAUUUAACUACUUAGAAAAUGGAGGAUAUGAAAGGGAUAUUGUUGAUUUAUUUUUAGAAUUAAUUGAAAAGUUAUUGGAUUAAAAUCGCUCACUAAAAUUUUAAUUGAACAUUUUCAGAAUCUGUAUCAAACGUAAUAAAAAUAGUUUAGAAAUAUUUAGUGAUAAGAUAGAUAGAAAAAAAGAAUACAAAAGAAACAUUAUAAAUAAAAUGUUUAAAAGUUCUAAAUUGCAUGAGUACUUUCUUUCUAAAUUUUCUGAAAUAAGGAGAAUCAGAGGAAUAAAAACUUUAAAAAUAGAUUUUAGUAAUUUAUUUUUGACUUAAAAAAAAGGAAAAAAAUCUGUUUAACAUAUUUAUGAGAAUGAAAUAGAAUGUCUAUUAAAUGGAGUUAAGUAAAUUUUAGAUAGGAUGAUCCCAAAUAAUUACUUAGAGAAUUUAACCAUCUAAUUUUUUAGUUUCUUUUUCCACUUUGAAGUGUAGCCAAAAUAAUAAAUGUUAUUAUAUAGAUUCUUUAUGAAUUUAUAGCUCUUUUUCUAAAACACUCCACUUGUGUCAAUUAAAAAUUUUGAUAUUUUUAGUGGAGUUUUAAAUAGAAAAUUAAUGAAUAAAAAAUACAUAUAUUCCUCUUUUGAUGGCAAUCUAUUUACUUCUAAAUACUAUAAUAACAGAAAAAAAGAAAUAAAAAUUGCUAAUGAUCACAUAAAAGAUAUAGAAACAAAAAGAACAAUUUUUAAAAGUGUAAUAUAAAAUGCUAGUGAAUUCCUUAACUUAAUGACAAAUAAUUUUGAAAAUGUUAGAAAAAUUUCAUAUUUUUAACAUGAUUCUCAUCAUCUAAAUAAAAUACUUUAAUAUUAAAGAUAAAGACUCACCCAUACUAUUUGUUUAUAUAAACAAAGUUGGUUAUGUUUAGAAGAAAACAAGCUUAAAAUUUUAAACAUCAAUUAAUAUUUGGAUUUCAAAAGAAGAUAGUUUCUUUAUUUCUAUGCAAAAUUAUUGAGAAUAAAAAAAAGAAAUAAAAAGUUUUCUUUCAGAAAAGAAAUAAUAUCUUAGAUUUUAAAAUUAAUUAACUUAAGUUAAGACUUUACUGAUUUUAAUAUUAAUAGAUGUUAUUAUUAUAAUAAUAGAAAAGGUGGAUUGAUUAUGUGUUGUGAUUCCAUAAAAUGA